GCGGGGCUUGCGCGGGGGCGCCGCGCAUUGUCCGCGUUGGUGACUGGCGGGACCCGCGCGGGGAGCGGAGGAGGCGAUUCCCGUCCGCCCUUCCUCCCUCGUCGCUCCGGUGGGGAAGCAGCGCACCCUCCCCCUUGUACCCCGGCCGCUAAGAUGGCUGGUGGUGGGCGGUAAGGCGGUGCGGGGCUGCGGAGCAGCUGACGGGACGGGAGCGCGGAGGGCGGGCGGCGUGUGCCCGUGUGCGGAGUCGCGCAGCGCCAUGUCCGCCUUCGCCCUGGAGGAGACGCUGGAGGCCGACUGGGUGGCCGUCAGGCCGCACGCCUUCCAGGAGCGGGAGAAGCACAAGUUCGCCUUCAUCGUGGCCUGGAACGAGAUCGAGGGCAAGUUCGCCAUCACCUGCCACAACCGCACGGCGCAGCGCCAGCGCAGCGGCUCCCGUGAGCUGCGCCGCGGCGGCCCCGAGGCCGGAGCCGUCCCCAAGGCUGGCGGCCCCGCGGUGCGCAGGGACCCAGGGCCACCCCGGGGCUGCGCCCAUGCCCGGGCCGAGGCGCUGCCCAAGAGCCCGCUGCGCCCCAAGGGCAGCCCGGCGCGGAGGCCGCAGCGCGGCCCGGAGGCGGCAGGUGCCGCCGAGGAGAUCGAAGUGCUGGAGCUGGGGAAGGAGGACGUGGCCGCCGCGCUGUCGCUGCCGCCCUCGCCGCCUCGGGCGAGCGAGUUGAGCGCUCCCGACGCGGAGCCGGCGGGGGAGGAGUGCAGCUGGGCCGGCCUGUUCUCCUUCCAAGACUUGCGGGCCGUGCACCAGCAGCUGUGCUCGGUGAACUCGGAGCUGGAGCCUUACCUGCCUGCCUUCCCCGAGGAGCCCUCGGGCAUGUGGACGGUGCUUUUUGGAGCACCGGAACUAUCCGAGCAGGAGAUGGACGCUCUCUGCUACAAGCUGCAAGUUUACUUGGUUCACAGCUUGGAUACCUGUGGCUGGAAGAUCCUUUCGCAGGUGCUCUUCACCGAGACCGACGACCCCGAAGAGUAUUACGAGAGUCUGAGUGAGCUGCGACAGAAGGGGUACGAGGAGGUGCUCCAGAGGGCCCGCAGGCGCAUUCAGGAGCUUCUGGAAAAACAUAAGAAUACAGAAAGUAUGGUAGAGCUCCUUGAACUGUACCAAAUGGAAGAUGAAGCCUACAGUAAUCUUGCAGAGGCCACCACAGAGCUCUACCAGUACUUACUGCAACCAUUCCGAGAUAUGAGGGAACUUGCAAUGCUUAGAAGACAGCAGAUAAAGAUCUCAAUAGAGAAUGACUACCUGGGCCCCAGAAGAAUUGAGAGUCUGCAAAAAGAAGAUGCUGAUUGGCAGAAAAAAGCUCACAUGGCUGUGCUUUCUAUUCAAGAUCUUACAGUUAAAUAUUUUGAAAUAACAGCUAAAACACAAAAAGCUGUGUAUGAUCGAAUGAGAGCAGACCAGAAAAAAUUUGGUAAGGCAGCAUGGGCAGCAGCAGUGGAACGUAUGGAAAAGCUUCAGUAUGCAGUUUCUAAGGAGACUUUGCAGUUGAUGCGUGCUAAAGAAAUCUGUUUGGAGCAGAAGAAGCAUGCUCUGAAAGAGGAGAUGCAGAGCCUGAAAGGUGGUACAGAAGCAUUAGCCCAUUUGGACCACUUAGAAGCUGAUUACUAUGAUCUACAGCUUCAGUUAUAUGAAGUGCAGUUCGAGAUCUUGAAAUGUGAAGAGCUGCUACUGACAGCACAGCUUGAAAGCAUCAGAAGAUUGAUGUCAGAGAAGAGAGAUGAAGUGGUGUAUUAUGACACUUACGAAAGUAUGGAAGCCAUGCUUGAAAAAGAGGAUAUGGCAACAUCUGUACACUUGCAAAAAGAGGAGCUGCAAAAGUUACAACAAAAAAUCCGCCAGCUGGAAGCAAGGCGUGGACGUAUUUCAGCCAAGAAAGCCUACCUCAGAAAUAAGAAGGAGAUCUGUAUUGCAAAGCAUAAUGAGAAGAUCCAGCAGCGUCACCAGAGCGAGAAGGAGUACAAAAUGCACCAUACUGUUCAGCUGAAACGAGAUCAGUUGCAAGAUGAAGAGGAAAGAAAGAGCUCCUGGGUUAGUCAGGAACGACAGAAAACCCUGGACAGACUUCGUACAUUUAAGCAGCGGUACCCUGGGCAAGUAAUACUUAAAUCAACCAGACUGCGGCUGGCUCAUGCAAGAAGAAAAUGUGCAGCCAGCUCAGUGCCCUGUGUUGAGCAGCCUCAAUCUUUGCCAGCAACCAUACAAAUCCAAGAGAAGAGUGAGGAGGUGGAAUUGGAAAAAGCAGUUCAGCCUUUGCAAGUGCAGGAAUCCACAAGCUUAAAACAACUUCAAGAUGUUUCCUUGCCUCCUAAUGGUGUUACCUCUGAACUGCCCUGUGUUAGCACUUCUCCACUCACCAGUGACCAGCUUCAGCCAGAGACUGCUACUGGAGUACAGCUUCCACCCCCUUUGCCUCCACCACCUCCACCUCCACCUUUGCCCUCCAAGGAAGAUGCCACCAAAUCCUUAGAGAAAAGUGACAGCUUUGUUAAACGUCAGAGUGUGGAGAAGGGAGUCCAGCACUCUUCUGGUGUCCCACCAGCACAUCUGUUUGAUAGCAGUCAGCUAGUCAGUGCCAAGAAGAAGCUUAAGAAGACUGGUGAUAUAGAGGGUUUACAGAGAAGAAGAGUGAGUUCCCCGAUGGAUGAAGUGCUGGCUUCCUUGAAACGUGGCAGCUUUCAUUUAAGAAAAGUUGAGCAGAGAAGUCUCCCUCCUUUUCCUGAUGAAGAUGAUAGCAAUAACAUCUUGGCACAGAUCAGGAAAGGAGUGAAACUGAAGAAAGUACAGAAAGAUGUUUUGAGAGAAUCCUUUACAAUUCUGCCUGAUACUGACCCUCUGACAAGGAGCAUCCAUGAAGCAUUGCGAAGGAUUAAGGAAGCAUCUCCUGAGUCAGAGGAUGAAGAGGAGAGUUUGCCUUGCACAGACUGGGAAAACUAACCUGUGCUUGACAGCCGCCAACGUGUGAAAAGAAACCCCAGUUGAAGAUUAACUUUUCUUCUGCAUUUUUGAGAAUUCAGAGCCAGCAGUUAUGACCAUCAAUUCCACAAGAGGCUUUCUUUGGCAAAGAAAUAGUCUUUCUUUGGCAAAUAACUCAGUACUUGGAAAAAAAUGGCCUGAAAUGUUAAUUUCAGGUCACUUUUUUCUUUAUUUGUUCAAACAAAUUCUGGUUGGGGCACAAAGCGAAGUUGUUAAGACAUGCAUUUUAUACUAUCAAGAAUGCCCAAUUAUUAAGCACUUUUUAUAUUUGCAUUAGUAAUGUACGGCCAGUUAAGUGAGGGGGCCAUUUUGAGCUGGGAGACCACUUGCUAUUAGAGUAACUUUGAGGUUCUAAACCAGCUGUAAAAUGGCCCCUUCACUGCACUGAAUAUCUCAUGUGCUUGAAAAUUCAACGAAAUGGCUCCCUGCAGAGAAGCUUGCUGUGUAGCAGUCUGAUAUUCCAGAAAGAGAAUUCCUAGUUGCACUACAGUAGCUGAAAUUCAGUAACAUGCAACUAAGACUUUUUUUCUUCUUAGCUUGAAGAAGCAUACAUCAGUAUGAAAAGCAACAAGUGACCACAGCACAAUGAGAGUUAAGAGUUGAAUUCAGUACAUAUUCAAGAAUGUGUUUGUUUCCAUCAUGAUAUAUUUAGUAAGACAUACUGCAGCACCUUUUUAGAAGGUCAUGUUUAGUCUGACAUCUUUUUAAAGUAGACAUUUUCAUGCUUUUAAAAAAUAUUUAGCUAUGCUGAACCAAGUUAGUUAUACUUUUAUCAUUUGUUAUAAGAAGCAAUAUUUUGUAAUUUCAUACUUAAAAAUAUUUUUCUCUUUUGGUUUAAAAUGGCUUUUGAUUAGUCUAAGCAGCCUUCUUUAAAAAAAGAUCAAAGCACUUAAGCAUUCUGAUAAUUGAGUUGUGAAAAUCAUGCUAUUCUUGCUGGUUUUCAUUUUUCCCUUUAGUGGCUGCGAAAAUGUUUGUAUUUCAUACCCAAAAGCCUACUGGCUGAAAAAAGUUUCUUUUGAUUCUGACUGUUUUAUUUUUAAAGGAGAGUUACAACUUCCUCUGCAGUGAAUACUUAGGAGUAGUUCUAAACCUCAUGACUAAUGGCUGCAGGCAGCUACUCUUACGAUACCACAGUACCAAGAGGUAUGUCAAUACAGAGAUACAAGUAGCCUUGUACCACCUAAAAACCUCAUGUGGUAUUAAAAAUCAGCCCAUUACACUUCUAGGAAAGCUGAAUUUCCACUAGAAUUUUGUUUUUACUAGUGUAACAUACACUGUGUUUGAGAAAUACACAGUCCCUGUCCUUUGUGUUGUGUGGUCCAUUCACUGUUCCUCUUUUGACAGAUAAACUACUUUAUGGGGAUCUGGGUUCUUUUAAGUGGAGUUACUCAUUGCUGCUGUCAUGUAAUGGAACACGUACUGUGUUAACAUUUAUAACAGGGGAUUUCACGUCUUGCCGUUUACUUACAGAGAGAGGAGCAGGAGACCUUACCUUAGCAAUAGGCUGUGUAAUCUAAAGGAACCUCAGCUCUGGGACCCUUCAGUCUAUUGAAGAUGUUUUGCUGUGGCUGUCCAAAAAUUAAAGCUCUGUCAAACAUCUCGGGAGGAUUUUCUUAACCAUGUUGCCUUACUUAUAAAGUUAGUGAACAUUGAUUUUCAAAGCACCUAUGAGCAGCGUUACUGUAGAAUUAUAUAGAUUUUGCUGUGUUAGUUGCUAGGUCUCUAUUUUUCAGCUGUGUGAAACACCUGAUACUGGCUUCCCACAGGCCUAAAACUUCAUGAUGCUUUCUUCUUAAACUUAUUCUCCGAAUUCUGCGCUAUGUGGUAUGAUUGUGAGCUGUCUGAUGCUGUGUUCGUGCAGCAAUAGCAGCACUUUCAACGUUCAUCAUAAUCAUUCGACACUGCCUGUACCAUCAGCUGUUUUGUUCUACAUUUGUUUGUACUUUCAGUCACACCACACAUUGAAAUCAAGGUAAUCAAAUAAAUUUUUGGCUGUAGCACAAAACAGAACUUUGAUGUGAAAUGGUAAUGCACAUUAUACAUUUCAUCUGAAACUUAGUGCUAAAUUAAACAAGGAACUUCUAUGUUCAUUUUUUCCUAUUUUCCAGCCUGCGGUUUCAUUCCUUAGAGUAUGCAUACAGAACACUAGCAAAAUUUCAAGCCGAGGAAAAAUAGUGUAAUUUUAAAAUAUUUGUGCAGUGGUUCCCUUGCACAACACGUUUGUCUGCAGUUUACCACUGUGUUGUUAUCUAAAUAGCUCCAUGCUGUACUCUACUACAGUUUUCAGAUAUGUUUGCCAUGUGAUCUGUCAUCUUUGCCUUGAAAAAUGUGUGCAUGAUUGAUGAAAAUUACUCUUCUUAAUCUGUUUCAUAUUUAGCUGAAAUCUUAGAUUUCUGUAGUAGCUUAGUCUCAGUAGAAAUGGAGUUCUCAUAUGAGCAUGUAUUUUAAUGGCACACAAAAAGUAGUUGUUAUGCUGAGCAUAGUAGUAUGUAUCAGUUCAAAGCUGCCAUCUUCUAUGUGGAAAAUGAAUGAAUUUUUUUCCCUCAUCCUACUAAAAAAAAAUCCUGAAUUUAAAUCUCCAUGAGUCACUAGAUGUCACAAUUUCACGUAAUUUUCACUUUGAUCUAAAAAUUGUGCAUAUGUAGUGUAUACAGGCUGAUGCAUAAAAGGUACCAUCCUCUGCCAUGUGAAAUUUUCCAGUGGGAUGGCUACUGCAGAAGAAGGGGAAAAUUUAGUGUAUUUAUAAGAAACUUAGGGCAAUUAUGACAGUCCUGCGUUGAGAUCAGUUCCUCCACAGCUGAGAAAUGCUGUAAUAAUUGUGAGAAAUCUUGGCAAGCAUCACUAAGGAAAAACACGUAAACAUGCGCAAGGAAAAAGAGCCUCCAUAAAAAGACCUGCCUGUUGAUAUUUUUCAUUUUAUUGUUGUGGCUGCAUUGUUCUGUUGCUAGUUAUUUAUCUUAAGUAGUUUGUCAGCUUUUCGGCUUUUUUCUAUUUUUAGAAACUUAUUUCUUUUUUGAAAUUAAAAGUUUUACUAUGCUAUAACAUCCAGUGAAGUAAAGAUUUGGGAUGCAUAAUGUUUAUUGUACAAAUGCUUAUGUAAGGAUUGAAAAACCUUUUAUAAAUGGGAACAAGAAACCAAAUCCUCGGUUUCUGCUAAAAUAACCAAAAUGUAAGGUAAACAGCAAUAGUCUUGUUCAGAAAUUGAAUUUGUAUCAACAAGAAUUUCAUGUUCUCAUUCAUGGAGGUUUCCAGAUCCUUUACAAAUGACCAAUAGUCUUACUCACUUUACUGUAUUUUCAUGUUAGUUAUCUGUGUAGGGUAGAUGAAGGCUUUUUUUUUAUUCUUUUCAAACAUCACUUCUAAGUUUUGCCUGGUUUUGUUUGGUUUUUCUUUUUUUUAAUCUGACAGUCUGCAUUCUACACCAGACACUUGUAAAAUAAAUUAGUAUGAUUAUA